AUGACAGCAAAUGGAACUUUUUUUGAGUCACCUGUUCUUAAAGUUAAUUUUGAGGAGCCAAAAACUGUUAAUUCAGGAAAAUCACUUAAUAGUUAUUUUGAUUCUGAUGUUAAAUUUAACUCAACACUUAGCUUGUAUGCUUUAAUUGACUGUGCUAGUGUAGUUGAAGCAAGUGGAACCCUUAAUAUUGCUGAAAUGAAUCCUUGGUGGGGAGGAGUUGAAUUUGGAGAAAAACUUCCUAAUAAUAGUUUUUUAGUAAGUGAAAAUACUCUUUUGUUACCAGCAGGAACUUCCAACAUAUGGGAUAUCGAUGCAAAUGCUGCUUCUGCUCCUGUUAUUGCAGUUGACAUGAUGCGUAAGCUUGAGGAUAGUUUAAAAGGUUAUCGAGGAGAUGGGAUUGGAAAUUUGGCGUUAUUACAACAAUGGAAAGAAGAGGGAUUAACUGAAAAGGAUAUAAGUGGUAUGUACAAACGCCAGUGGAAUGAUAUUAUGAUCAAUAUGGUGACUCCUACCAACCAGGCUAAAAUCGUUGGUACCACUCAAUUUACGGUGAACAAAACAUGCUAUGAUGUACAGUUUGCUACACAGUACUUGAUAGCCAUGUUUGGUCUAAUAAUUAUAUUCUACAUACUUUUAGCAAGCCUUAGAAAUGUAGAUGCUUUCAAUUCAUUGAUUAAAAUUAGACAUGUCGUUCAACAAAUGGAUCUUGGUAAAGUAAUAAUAAAUGUACUGGAAUAUGGAGAGGCAAACACAGUUGGCCCAUCACAAUAG